UUCACUCUUCUCCUUAGUCGUCAUUUCCUUAAAGAAGAGGCGGCGAUAGCCAAGGCUAUCCCCAGUAACAGCUUUUCACCAAUCUCACCGCCAUUACGUGCUUCAUUCUUUUCCAUUCUUAGUUUAGGCGCUGCAGAGAGAGAGAGAGAAACAUUCAGAGAGUAAAACUUCGUUCAUAGAGAGAGAGAGAGAAGGAGGCACGGAUAGUGAGAGACUGAAAACACGAGUAAGAAGAUCUCGAGCCAGAGUGUGUAAGGGCUGCUCUUUGGGUUUUUAAGAGAGCAUGGGAAGGGUGCUGGUAAGUGACAAGGAAGAAUUUCCAGAAAUGGAAAAUGCUGAUUUCAGUGAUUCGCAGUUAAUUUAUUAUGUCAGAGAUGCUCUUGCUGCAGUCACGUUGGGUGAUAGAGAAAAUUAUGAUGAGCUUGUUGGUUAUUUGUUCCUUAAGAAGAACCUUAAGAAGAACCUUAAUCUUGAUGAGGUUGCUUUGUUGGUGACAACUCUGAAGGCUCUUUCUGGAGCAGUGUCCUAUAUAGAUUCUGUUCAUCAUGAAUCUCUUCUUUCCGCAGUUUCAAGUAUGAGCUUGUGGGAUUAUGGAACUGAUGUUAUGGAUGCACUGCUUGAACUCAUCAUAUCUUUGGCCGCUUCCAAUGGAAAAUAUAUCGAUUGGUGUUUGGAGAUUCUUGUGGAAAAUUUUGUGCCACCUAAUAAACAGGAGAAUGGAAUUGACAGGAAGAAUAAAGUUCUAUCCCGGGUGCAUGCUGCUUUGAAAGACUUAGCUGAUUUAGUGCCCCUUGCCCCCUUGCGACUAUCUCCAAUAGUUGUCCAGCGAAUGCCGAGUGUCUUCAGUAAAGAACCUGUGAUUGUCAUGUAUGUGGAGAAUAUGUUACGGCUGGAGGGUGGUGCAAUUGGUGAAAUUGUCAGUGGUACGAUGCUGCCUGCACUUGUUGAUAGGUUGAUAGAGUUGGAUGUGCAAAUUGGAUGGGAUGGCAUCUUGCAGGAAGAUGCCAAGGGCAUAUUUGAAAUGGAGUUAGAUGACGUUGCUGAAUUUGCAGAUGGGGAUGAGAAAUAUGAUGACAAGCCUCCUGCAGAGCUUUUAAAUAGGAAAAAUUUACAAGGCAACAUGGUUGUUGAGAAAUUAGAUAGCCUAAUGGAGCUGACUUUUUUGCAUCUUGAAUCCUGUCAAAGCAGUGGCCGUUUGGCCGAGGUCUUCAAUGUUCUACUAACAUCAUUUAAGAGAACUGUAUUGAAUGCGUACAAGUCAAAGUUUAGCCAGUUUGUGAUGUUCUAUGCCUGUGCACUGGAUCCCGAAGGGUGCGGUGUGAAGUUUGCCAUGGCUCUUGUGGAGAUGUUUGUUUGUGAUGUUGAUCCCCCUAUUACUAGGAUGAGUGCUGUUGCUUAUCUUGGUAGUUAUUUGUCCCGUGCAAAGUUUCUUUCAACUGCACUUGUUGCUAGCAUCAUACAAAGAUUGGUGGAUUGGUGUUUUGACUAUUGUAAGUUGCAUGAUUUUGAUAUGAAUCCACGAGCACAUAAAGUUUUUUAUUCUGGGUGCCAGGCCAUUAUGUAUGUUCUGUGUUUUCGCAUGAGAUCAUUGAUGGACGUUCCAAGGCUCAAAUUACAGCUUCUGAAUAUGCCCAUAGAACCAAUCUUGAAACAUAAAUUGAAUGCCUUGAAUGUGUGUUUGCCUACUGUAGUAGGGGAAUUUCUUAGACAGGCUAAGGCUGCUCAUCUUUUCAUGGCAUCAGAGUCAUUUGUUUUCGAUGAUUUGCUCGAGUCUGAUCUUUCCAUGGCUUUUGGUGGGAUGGAUAGACUUGACACGUUCUUCCCAUUUGAUCCAUGUUUAUUGAAGAAAAGCGAAAGCUACAUAAGGCCACAUUUUGCCCGCUGGUCGAAGAUCAGAACUACAUAUGAUUGUGAUGACAAUGAUGAAGUCAGUGAUAGUGGCAGUGAUGUAUCGGAUGAUGAUUUUGUUGACAGGAAUGCAAAGGAUAUGAUUGAUGAUGAUAUGAUAGUAAGCGUAGAAGGUCUUGAUUUCGACCCUGACUUGAACAAAAUGUCUAUAACUCCCAGCAAAUCAUGGAAAUAUGGGUCUGGGACACAGUUGAAACAAUGUAUUGGAAUGCCGGCAAGAAUCAGACCAUCCACUAGUCCAGAGUCUUUGUAGUAUCUGUUUGUUAUCUCAUACAUUAUAGAAAACUUGUCAAUUUUGUAAUACUUAGGCUGGGAACUCAUCAACAUAGUGGGGUCCUUAAAAAAAAAGAGCAAUGAUAUUAGGUCAAAAUUGUAAUUUUUGUAUAUUUAGCUUAAAUUUUGUUUCCACUUUGCAUUGUGUUGAAGAAUGUGAGGAGCAUCCAUCCUACUUUUGAAGAUUCCGGUCUCCGCUACCUUGUAUUUAUAAUUAUACUGAGGAUCUAUGUAGUAUCGAUACCGACAUGUGACAUGUGAU